UCAAGACUUGCUUGACCGGGACUGCGUGUUUGACGUUGUUUGGUGCCGAUCUGCAACGACGGGCUCAGCGGUCCGCCACAGCUCAUACUGGUGCUCGUCGCCGACCUCUCCGCCUUCGCCGCCGUCUCAAACCUCUGGGGCGCGUGCAUCACCCCACAAUGGCCGCCUUGCAAGCAAUCAAACAGUUCCGACUGAAGGAGCUGGCAACAGCCCUGACUGCGGCCCCCGAGGCGACUACUCGUCCGAAGGUCCCCAACCCGUUCCUCCCGCGAAAGAACCCAGAGUCUGGACGUUGGGCUCCGCCGAAGUACUCGCUCCGUCGGCAGGCCGAGCUCGUAAAACUUGCCCGCGCGAGCAACACGCUCCAUCUUCUCCCUCCAGGACUGAAACUCGGUGUCCAGCAGCUUGCCACGGCAGCAAGCACGCAGAGUGCCACGGGCACAAGCGCGUCACCGAGCGAGGAAGUAUGGGCGCAAGACGUAGAAUGGGAGGGUGAGCUGAAGAAGAAGAAGGCAGUACCGGGUGCGGAGAUAGGCAGCAAGCUGUACGCUGGGAGGCGGAGGAUGUUCAAGGGUCACAAGUGGGAGCGAACGCGCGAAGCGAGGGAGGAGGAGCGGCGCAAGGCGAUGGAGCAUAUGUCGAAACGCAUUGUCGGCUUCAAAGCGUCGUACCGUCGGAAAAUCCCCAACCCCGCCAGCAUCCCUCAAGCCACCAGCUACACCAAGCUACCGUUCUAGUCAUGAUGGGAUUAUCUCCCCUCCUCCUGCAUGCUGUUUUGCUGUUCCUUCCGAGCAAGGGCCGUGGCGUACUAUGGGACUUCUGGCCGGUAGACAUCCGACAGCUUGUACACCGUAGGUCAGUUCGUGCGCGACCUGACUUAGAUGGAGCUACGCACCAUAACCUUCAUUGCUACCUUGUCCGAUGUCUGAUCUCACCUCAACGGACCGGUCGCUCUUCGUUGAAGAUGUUCCGAGGCGUUGACCAUGCGCGCAGCGCUCCCUGACGUGCUUGCGUGAGUUGACUUUUGCAGGGCAUGUCAACUAAGAGAACGGUAAGCAGUGUGUAG